UCAUUUCACCCCUUAUUUUUCCUUUGAAACACAUAAAAACAACAUCCAUAUUCUCCAUCUCCCAAAAAAGAAAUUCCAAAUUUGUAUUAUUAUUAUUAUUCAGUAUGGUUAAUCCAUUUAUUUGUGGAUCUUUUCAUCAUAAUCAAGAUGAUGAAGAUGAUAUAGAAAUAUUAAGCCCAUGUUCAACUCUCAAAAAACCAAAGAAGUGUUUAUCAAGAACAAGGUCUAGCAAUAAAAAUAAUCCUUAUUCAGAUAGAGGCCUUGAUAAAUUCUCUGCACUUUUGGCUGAUCUUGAAAAUAAAAAACAAAGGAUUUAUUCCGAAAUUGCCCCUGAUGAUAUAUCUUUCGUACGUUUCGUUUUUUCGAAUGCUAACGAUGCUAAGCCCAUUAUUGUCAAGAUGAAGGACAAAAAGUCGUCACCAAAAAAUUAUCCAGAGGAAAAAGGAGAGUCCCCGAUAAGGGAACUGACUCAUGAAACAUACGAAGAAUGUCAACAAGGGAAAGCUAAGUCCGAGGAAAGGCCGAUAAAGAAGAGUGUUUCUUGGAAGUUGAUACAGUGGAAAAGUUUGAAGAGGCCAAUGUUUUAUUUGCCAUUGACUAUAAUAUUGAUAUUGGUAUUUUUGGCUAUUUAUGGUAAGUCAUUUGCAAUAAUGUGUACUUCAAUUGGAUGGUACUUAAUUCCUACAAUUACAGGGGGAAAUUCAAGAUCAAGAUCAACUACAAAUACAAGAAAAUCAAACAAGAAAAUGGAAUAUAUGAGAAGAUUUAGUGAAAAAAGUGUUGCUACUGAAGAACCAAUUUCUCCAACUAGUGUUAUGAAUGGACCGAGUGGUAAAGAUGAACAUAGAAAAAGCUGGUCAUAAUGGGAAAAAUCUUGAUCAUGUGAAUUCUCUUCUUGAAAAUUCUGUUUGACUUUUUGCAUUGUAAAUUGUUUUGCUUAAUUUGUACAUGUUGUGUCAUGUUUGAGUUGAACUAGAAGUUUAGUCACUCUAUUGACAUGUUUUUUGUAAAUUAGAAGUUUAGAACUAUGUUUGUUAACAAGUUAUGAUGGUUCAACAGAAUUCUAUUGUACUGUUGUACUUUAGAGUUCAAAUGAAAUCAUAAUUUUUCUUCUUUUCUUGUU